AUGAUUUGGAGACAACUUACAAAAAGAUUUUUGCUGAUACCUUCCAAAUGCCAUUAUUCUAUCAGCUUAUAUUUCACACAAACUUCAAAAUUACCAACUAUGUGUAAAGAUGAAGUCAUUGUUGUCACUGGAGGAAGUGGUUUUCUGGGACAACACAUCGUUCACCUUCUACAGACCCAAGAAAAUUCCAUAAAAGAGAUAAGAAUAUUUGAUGUUAAACCUUACAAAAAAUUUUUAGAUCAUGAUGAUGUGAAACCAGUUAGAGAAAUCAUUGGUGAUAUAUGUGACCCUUAUGAAAUGAAGAAUGCUCUGAGGGGUGCAGAUGCUGUCAUCCAUAUUGCAGGACUUGUUAGCUUUAGUACAUUCCCACAAUUUGAUGAAAUGAACAGAAUAAAUAUUUCAGGAACAAAGAAUGUUGUUACAACUUGCAUUGAAGAAAAUGUCCAACGAUUGAUAUUCUGUAGUACAGUGGAUGUUGUAAUCGGUUUUGAUGACAUUGUCAAUGGAACUGAAGAAACAACAACCACUCCCUCCAAAUUUUUAUUUCCAGGGUACCCUGAAUCAAAACACAAGGCAGAACAAUUAGUCAUCAGAUCUAAUGGUACAUACCUGACAAAUGGUCAGAAACUUCAUACAAUUUCCUUACGUCCUAAUGUCAUGUAUGGAGAAGGAGAUCCAUUUAUGAUCACAGCAGCACUUAAAAGUGCCAAGGAAACUUUUGGCUGGGUGAUAAGAGUUGGAGAUGGCAGUGCUCUCUUUCAAAAAACUUAUGCUGGAAAUGUUGCUUGGGCAUUUUUGAAAGCAAAUGAAGCCUUAAGGCUUAAUCCUGAUUCUGUUGGAGGACAUUUUUUCUUUAUACCUGAUGAGACACCAAUCCAGAAUAUUUUUGAUUCUCUUCAUCCUUACCUGACGCCGGCAUUCAGCGUUUUUAUCUCCUUUUCUGCCUUCCUUCUUUUUGUGGCUUUACGAGACUGUCCGCAUGAGGAUACAUGA